ACGGGGCCAACCGUGUACUCUCUCCCCUCUUCUCUUCUCUCUCACACCACCUCGAUGGCAGUGAGCGACACCGCCUCCAAACCCACAGAGUGGGUGCCGUUCGACCGGCGGAGCGUCGGGCAGCCGCCGCCCCUCGCCCCAGCCGUUUUCGGCCCUUCGUCGGAAUCGAUUGUGGUCACGGCCGCGUCAAGCCCCACAGCCAGUGGUGGCACGCCGCGACCUGAGACCGAGAGCCGAGUGGUGAGGCCGGCCCGGCGGCGGACGAGGACCUCCCGGAGAGCCCCGGUCACCUUGCUUAUCACCGACACCUCCAAUUUCCGGGCCAUGGUGCAGCAGUUCACCGGGUUCCCGUCUGGGCCGUACUCUUCCAGCUCCCGUCCCGGUUUCGGCCUCGACUUCAGUGACCCGCAGACGACCGUGGCGCCGCCGGGGCACCUACUGCAGCCUACAUACCUCGAGCACCAGUACGAACCUCAUCAACAUCACCAUCAUCGUCGUCAUCCUCAGCAGUAUCAGUACACCCAGACGCCGUUUAGGCUCGACAGGAGCAACGGCAGCAGCCUGCAGCAUGACGCGUUACUUCGUCAGAGCCUCCACAACUAUUCCACUGGUUUGGAGAUGGAUGACGUCUUCUUGCUCGGCGGCAUGCCAAGCCAAAUGACGGUCAGGCCGGCCUCCACUGACAGCAGGAUUGAUGGAUACCUCCACGAGAAGAAUUUGGAAUAAAGAGAUAGGAUAGGGAUGGAGGAGCGAGAGAGAGAAAAGUAUUCACGCAUGUAAAUAUGUAACACGUUUCUUUCUCCUGUAGUAACAUGGAAUCUUUUCGGAA